GGGGAGGUCUGUUUUACAUACCUGAAGCAGUGAGUGUACCGAUUCUUUCUUUUGAGUUUUAGGUUGACCCAGAUUCAGCCGCCAUGGUAUUUUUCUGUUAAUGCAAUGGGGAUUUUCUGUAUAUUAUUGCUUUGCGGAAGUCAUUCUCAUCUGGCGUCUUUACGCCCUAUACGACCAAUCCAAGUCCAUACUUUAUGUUCUACUGGGGUUGUUCCUACCUGUCGUCGCGCUCUAUAUAGCGAUGAAUACAUUUUUAUGGAGUCGACCCUCAGCGAUCUCAACGGAUGAAUUCAUAAUAACUCCGAACAUAAAGUACUGCACGGCUUCCUUCCACAUUGGGCCCAUGCCUGCGAUAUAUUUGACAACUCCCAUCAUAUGCUAUGAUAUUCUCCUAUUUAUUCUCGCAAUUGUUGCCCUAUGGAAACACCUGAAAGAACGGAGGGAACUUGAAAUGAGGCCUAACACCUAUGUAAUAAUGAUCGUCCGAUAUCAUAUCAUAUACUUUGUGUUGAAUUUGGCAACUCAAAUUUUCACGGCGAUGUUGUGGGCCGACCUUCCGACGGCGGUGAUGAAUCUCGUCCUGUUGUUCAACGAUACGGCGCCAUUUAUUAUCGUGCCCCGUCUUAUCAUCAGCAUUUGGGAUACGCAUGCCAACGACAACUGCGUACAUGUCAGUACAACAUUCGAGGAUUGUGUAUGUUGGACUUCGCCACCGACAUUCGAGCAGCACGAAAUGGACCCCUACGCAUGAUGGUUCCAAAAACGAGGGGUGAGGUAGAGUGAAGUCCCUCAAGUCCUCGGGCUCUAGUCCUAGCCAAAAACUCUGAUACUUUAUGGGGGCAAAUUCAGGCCGAUUCUCUGUAUAUUUAUUCACCAUCACAUCCACGAAGUAUCAGUAUAUCUAUAUUGAGC